AUGGACACAGAGAUGAUUCCCAAGUUUUCCACAAAGGACAAAGAAGUCGAUUACUGGAAGUCCCGAGCUCUGAAGUAUAAGAAAAGCUCCCACGACGCUCGGGAGGAGCUGCGGGAGUUCCGGGACGGCAGCAGAGAGCUGGAGGCUGAGCUGGAGGCACAGCUGUGCCAGGCGGAGCGCCGCCUGCGCGACCUGCUCAGCCAGAACGAGCGACUGAAGAACGAGGCAGACGGCCUCAAGGAAAAGCUGGAGAAGCAGUAUGCGCAAAGCUACGAGCAGAUCUGCGUGCUGGAGGAUGACCUGGGCCGCACGCGCGGCAUCAAGGAGCAACUCCACAAAUCUGUGCGCAAGCUGGAGCAGGCCAACGAUGACCUGGAAAGAGCCAAGAGGGCAACCAUUGUGUCCCUGGAGGAUUUUGAGGGCCGCCUGGACUGGGCCAUCGAGAGAAACGCCUUCCUGGAGAGCGAGCUGGACGAGAAGGAGUCCCUCUUGGUGUCGGUGCAGCGGCUCAAAGACGAAGCGCGAGACCUCCGACAGGAACUGGCGGUGCGCGAGAGUGCCGUGGACAAGAAAUCGGCGCCCAGCUCGCCCACCUCAGACCUGGACCGCGCCCGCUCGGCCGGUGUCUGUCCAUUCUUAUUGGUCUUGUUUUUGUUGUCGUUGAUGCAUUGGCCAGCAUUGACCGACGACUGCGGUGGCUCAUCUCUCACCCCAACAGCCAGAAUCUCCGCCCUCAACAUCGUUGGCGAUCUGCUCCAGAAAGUCGCGGUGGGUGGCCUUGGCUGUCGGUCCGACGUGAGCAGCCGAAGCAGGAGUCGCCGUUGUGUAAUGGCACGGAACCUUUUUGCUCUCCAGACUUUGGAGUACAAACUGGCCGCCUGCAGAAGCCUGGACAAAGACCAGGCGGCCAAAAAAAGCCUCCUCGCCAAUGGCGCCACCGCCGCCAAGUUCUCGCGCGCCCUGCAUACUGCCUACUUGGACAGAAGGUGAGUGCCUGCCUCCCAUUCCUGUACCUCCUAAAUAACCUUGGAAAUGACUGCAGCAUGUUUUCGGCCAGCAGCGCCGUAAACGGACUGGAACAUGGCUCCCUGACCUCCAGAACUGUUUCCCCGCCGGGUCUGCCGCCCCUGAGUGUGUGACGAUCGGAGGACACAAGACAUUUGUGCACAAGAGACUUGACAACCAGAACGCAUCUCUAAAUGUUUUUGGGGGUUUUUCAGUUUUGAGUUUCGCUGCAUGUGCACGACACCGCGCUUUGCCCAAAUGCCAACGUGUGGCCCCGCCCUUUUUUGGACACCGUCUCGCCCAACGACAAAUGGUCCCGUUGGACCUUGAUAGGUCUUCCGUGAUUUGCGCAGUUUGUGACUUCUACCCUUGUUGGGAUUGUCUUGAACAAAAAGAGCAAUGAAAGCUUUGGAGCCAGCCAGCAAUGCAGGAUUCUCUGGCAUGUGGAGGGCUCGCCCCACAUGCUCGUCUACACCGGAAGUGAAUGUUGAUCGUUCCAAGGCCACACCUUUGUGUGUGUGUGUGUGUGUGUGUGUGUGUGUGUGUGUGUGUGUGUGUGUGUGUGUGUGUGUGUGU